UCGACUUCCGAGUGGAGUCCUACCGCGCGCCGUGUUCCGCCCGUGGAAGGCGCGAGCCUGCCAUUGGAACGCGCCGAUUGUCUCAUCCGUUCGGCCGCCGGCCCUGCGUUCUGUUGAUGCGCGCUCUCGGAGGAACAAGAGACAGACAGAGAGAGAGAGAGAAGGGGAGCUGCUAGCAACCAGACACAGCAGGCUGAAUUUGGAGCUUAUUUUGCAUAUCCAGGGUGCAGGUACAUCAGUCAAGAACACACAUGGCAGCAAUGCAGCAGGUAUUGGACAACCUCCACGAGUUGCCGGUCUCUACAGGAGCUAAGGAGAUAGACCUCAUCUUUCUUAAAGGAAUAAUGGAGAGUCCCAUUGUCAGAUCUCUUGCCAAGGCUCAUGAGAGACUUGAAGAAACCAAAUUGGAAGCUGUGAGAGAGAAUAAUGUAGAUCUUGUGAAGCAGAUUCUUGAAGACAUCAGCUGCAUAGUCAAUCACAAUGAGACUGCGACAGAGCUGGCCAAAAUCCUGAAGGAGCCACACUUUCAGUCACUUUUGGAAGCCCAUGAUUUGGUUGCAUCGAAGUGUUAUGAAACACCACCCUCAAGUCCCAGCCUGCUGAAUGAAACUGUGAGCAACCAGACAGCAUCAGGAGAUGCUGUUCGCAUGAUUGGAAUUCAAAAGAAGGCCACAGAGCCUUUGGGUCUUACCUUUAGGGUAGAGAACAAUGAGCUGGUAAUUGCAAGGAUUCUCCACGGUGGUAUGAUUGACCGGCAAGGUCUUCUCCAUGUAGGUGACAUCAUUAAAGAAGUAAAUGGCAGAGAAGUUGGGUCUGAUCCAAAAGCACUGCAGGAUGUAUUGAAGGACUGCAGCGGUGGCAUCACAUUCAAGAUCUUGCCCAGCUACAAAGAAACUCCUAUGCCUCUCCAGGUGUUUGUGAAAUGCCAUUUUGACUACAAUCCAUCCAACGACAGCUUAAUCCCGUGCAAAGAAGCUGGAUUAAAGUUCUCCAGAGGAGACAUCCUGCAAAUUGUGAAUCGAGAAGAUCUCAAUUGGUGGCAGGCUUAUCAAAUGAAGGGAGGAGGAAAUGCAGGUCUCAUUCCCAGUCAGAUGUUGGAAGAGAAGAGGAAAGCUUUUGUUAAACGGGACUGGGAUCUAACAGGUUCCUCAGGACCAUUUUGUGGUGCAAUAAUCGGUAAAAAGAAGAAAAAAAUGAUGUACCUGACGACUAAAAAUGCAGAGUUUGAUCGACAUGAAAUAAUGAUCUAUGAGGAAGUAGCCAGGAUGCCACCUUUUCAGAGGAAGACCCUCGUGUUGAUAGGAGCUCAAGGUGUGGGACGACGGAGUUUAAAGAACAGACUUAUCGUAAUGAAUCCCAUGCGAUUUGGAACAACAGUCCCAUUUACUUCAAGAAAACCAAGAGAUGAUGAACUAGAUGGACAUGCGUACAGAUUUGUGUCAAGGAUGGAAAUGGAAAUGGACAUAAAGGGCAGCAGAUAUCUGGAGCAUGGAGAGUAUGAAGGAAAUCUCUAUGGGACAAAGAUUGACUCAAUCCAUGAAGUUGUUAGUACGGGAAGAAUGUGCAUUUUGGAUAUCAAUCCACAGGCACUGAAGAUACUAAAGACAGCUGAAUUUAUGCCGUAUAUUGUGUUUGUUGCUGCUCCUGAAUUAGAAACACUGCGUGCCAUGCACAAAGCUGUCAUUGAUGCUGGAAUUUCAACUAAACUUCUGACCGAUACAGACUUGAAAAAGACAGUCGAUGAAAGUGCUCGAAUUCAGCGAGCAUAUAGCCACUACUUUGAUUUGACCAUUGUCAAUGAUAAUUUGGAUAAAGCUUUUCAGAAGUUACAGACUGCCAUAGAGAAGCUCUUUAUAGAACCACAGUGGGUCCCAGUUAAUUGGGUAUACUAGUAAAAUUGAAGAUUAAACCAUAUUUUGGUCUGUGAAUACGUAGAAAGUUGGAUAGCGACACACCAGAAGACAUCCGAUGCAAAGGCAGGAAAGCUCUGUUGUAUGACAUGCCUUUAUAUUCUUUGUAGGUUCUGUUUAUAGUAUACUAUUUUGGCUUUUUAUAUAAAUACCUGAAGGAAAAGUGUUCUUAUAAAUGUAAUUUAUUUUAAUUUUUCUAACUUUUUACAAAUGGUCUUUGUAUCCAUACAUAUCAAGUGAAGGAAAAUAAGUUGCAAGAAAAACCUUUUUCAUUUUUGCCUUCAAAUGCCUAGUUUACAGAUGCAUAUCCAAGUUCUAAGGAUUUUGAUGCAAGGUAAAGAUUUUUUUUUCAGAUUCCAAAGCUGUAAAUAGCCACAGUUAUAUGUUAACUGAAGCUUUGCAUCAGCUUGAUGUAUAAUAUAGUGUUUCUGCAUUGGUUGCAGAAUGAUGGAAUCAGGAGUUUGAUAUGGUGAGACUGCGUUAAUGAAUAGGCAUAAAACACAGCUUCGGUCUAUUCCUAGAGUGUAUAAUGCCAUUCUACAUAUGUAUAAACCUGCUGGCAGCAUGGGAAUCCCUGACAAUCUGGAUUUUUAUUUUACGUUCCAGCUUAACUACCUUCAAGUUUGCACUGCAUCAUUCAGCUCUAAAUUGUGUAUUGGGUAACUCCUGCUGUGAACAUUAGUUUAUCCAGAAGACCUUAAGAUAUAGGAGCAGAAUUAGGCCAUUCAGCCUAUUGAGUCAGCUAUGCCCUUCAAUUGUGGCUAAUAUGAUUCUCAACCCCAUUCUCCUAAUCCUUGAUCCCCACACGAAUCAAUAUCCUCAAGUAUGCUGUGUCAAACUGUCAGUUUGCAUUACUAAUCCUCUUUUCACACUUUAUAUAAUUGCACACUGUUGCUGGGCUAUAGUGUCUUUAAUAUAUUAAAAUGUCCCACACUGCUUUGCAGAAAGCCUUGUGCUAGUUAUGAGAUGUAUUGAUAUUCUCAGUCAUAUCAAAGCUGCAAUCACUAUCCAAUGCAGAUUAUUAACAUCAUUCCUGGGUCAUGCCCAGCAUACCUUUUUAGUUUCUCCCAUUUACUUAGGCCUGUGGUGUUUACCUGAUGAACAUUUGUUUUUCAAUCGCUCACCUUUGAUGAAGUAGAAAUCAUUGAGAUUUGAAUCCAGAUCUUCAUUCCUUUCCAUAAGGACACUAAGCUUCUCUCAUCCUAUAAUUAGUUUGACGGGAUUUCCUUCGAUGUAAUGAGAAAGUUGGCUUAUUGUGGACUUGCAAAAUUAAAUCCAGAGUUUACCACCCCUAUACAGCAUUUAAAGUACUUGUUAUUACUUCCCCACUCACCCACCAAUCUCUUUGUCCGACAUAGCGCAUUGGAAAACCUUGUUUUAAGAACAUGACUAUCUGCCCAUCAAACUCUACGUUCCUUUAAUUAAUCAUCUCUCACAGCACUUUUCAGUCGGAUUGUAAGUUGGAUCUUUAAUUUGCUCACUUUUGCAUGUUGAUUUUGACAUCCUUAAUAUUGCAGCAAGGCUGGAAUUAUUUUAUUGCAAAGAUUGGUUCUAUAGCUGCAUCUUCCAUAGAAUGUGAUUGGAGUUAAUUUUUAAAAUUGAGUUUCCUUCAAACAAAUACUGAUCCACAUCUCCCUUUCUAAUGCUAUACACCUUUAAACUACUUUUUCUAGUUUCUUCGUGGCUGUUAAUUGAAAUUAAUUUGAGCUUCCAAAAGGUUAUAAACUUGAAUGGAAUAGACUGCAGCUUUAUCUGUUCUCCAUUGACUGUGCACAACUCCACUGAAAUGAAGACAACGCAGCACAUACAUCCCAACAAUUAAUUUGAGGAGGUUAUUCAACCAUUUCUGGGUUCCAUGGAUUGCCCUCAAUAUUUAUCUUUCUUACAACUUCCUUUGGCAGAUUAGAUUAUUCCUGAUUUUUAAAAAAAAAAGUUUUGCAACUAUGGGAUUUGUUAUAAAAUGAAACCUUUUUUACAUUCGCUGUUGCUACUAGAACUUAAGUAACUUAUUGCCUCUUGCUAGGUCUUUAGAUAUUUAACACGAAACAAGUGAAAGGAGGAAAUGGAAAGCUUUCACUCUUCGAACAAAGUUUACACAUGAAUAUUUUAGUAUUUCAAAAAUUCCAGUAUUUGUAUUUUGUUUGAUUUGUUUUAGUUGUGCUAUUAAGCAAUAAUGUGUUUGACAAUGUUACUUUUAGCUAGUUACUUUAAAAUAUUUUGUCAAUGAAUUGUGCUAGUGAUUGUUAUUGAUCAGUUUAUUCUGUGUUGUGGCAUAUUUGUCAAUCUACUUUUAAAUUGUAAAGUUGUGUUUUUUAAUAUUUUGAGGUUGCUUCCUGUCUUGGUGUUUGUAUGUUUCUCAUUCUUUGCCCUUUCCCGUCAUUGGUAUGGUUCAGAUGAACUUGGGCAUUCACGAUUUUCAAAACUCAUCUUGCUUUUGUGCAUUCACCAUAUUUAUUACCCCAUGAAACUAAAAACAAAAAAAAGCUUGUUAACUAAGCUAGUCCGUUGCUGCAAAAAGAAUAAAUGACAAAGAAAUUGCA